AUGUGGCUCGACCGCAUUUCCUCCGCACCCCAUCUAGACAGUCGCAGUCUUUCUCCCCUCCCUCCACGAUCGUCCUCUCGGUUCUCUCCUACCCCUCAGAAUGGUCGCCCCGCGAUCAGUCGGCCAGGAUCCUCAUUAUCCGCCUUAGUCACCCCGAAUGCCUCGACAGCGUCGUCACCGUAUGCGCGUGGCUCUGACACGCCAACACGGAGGCAGAAUCUCGCUUCAAAAUCCCGCCCGUCCGAGGUUACAGACCCGCUAGUGGUGCUGGAUGGGAUUCUCAAGAGACAGAAGGAAGAGGCCUUGGUCACAACCGCAUCCGUUGUCUCAUUGGCGGCGGAAUCUAGACCCCCUCGGCUGGUGGCCGAGAUCGAUUUUGGAGACCUCGGCCUUGAGGAUUUCGUCAAGAAGGUCGAAGAACCAACCAGGCUGAUGAACAGCGAUGUUGGUGUGCAGGCUAUCCAGCAGUUUGAGAAGGAGAGGGACAAGUUCCAGGAGCUACAUUCCGCGAUCGCUGGGUGCGACGAUGUAUCGAAAUCAGUCGAAAUGUAUUUGAAUGACUUUCAAACCGAACUAGGAGCAGUCUCUGCUGAGAUUGAGACACUCCAAACCCGUUCAGUCCAGCUGAGCGCUAUGUUGGAGAACCGGAAGAAUGUGGAACAAUUACUUGGCCCCGCUGUGGAGGAGAUUAGUGUGUCUCCAGCCGCCGUUCGCCUGAUUGUGGAGGGCCCUAUUGACGAGAACUGGGUCAAGGCGCUGAAUGAUAUUGAGUCUCGCACAACUGGUAUUGAAGCGAAAGUCGCUAGUUCUAGCACUUCCAAGGCCAUUGAGGAUGUGCGGCCACUCUUAGAGGAUGUAAAGAAAAAGGCUGUGGAGAGGAUUCGGGACUACCUAGUCUCCCAAAUACGGGCUUUGCGGUCCCCCAAUAUCAACGCGCAAAUCAUCCAGCAGCAACGACUGGUCAAGUUCAAAGACCUGUACAGCUACAUAUCGCGAGCCCACCCGGCUUUGGCUGGGGAGAUUGCCCAAGCCUACAUUAACACCAUGCGCUGGUACUAUCUCUCGCACUUUACCCGCUAUCUUCAUGCCUUGGAGAAGAUCAAGAUCUACCCCAGCGACCGGAAUGAGGUUCUUGGGGGUGAUCCUUCUGCUCAAAAAUCCGGUAACAUGAUUCCUGGUGGACGGCCUGGCGCUGCUGCGCACGAUCCGUUCUCGCUCGGCAGAAGGAUUGACAUUCUACGCACCGGCAACCAUAUGGCCCUGUCUUCGUACUUGGCAGAAGAAGACACUUCUUACCACGGGAUUGAGGUUCCAUUCCGAAACUUCAACCUUGCCCUUGUAGACAACGUUUCGGCGGAAUACUCCUUCAUGACCGAGAUGUUCUCAACCAUGUCUUUCCAACAAAUCUCGCGCAAGGCGCUCGAAAUCUUUAGCUCGGUGUUUACACUUGGCCAGGGGCUAGCAAAGCAGCUCAUUGAAAAUGCCACUGACUCAUUAGGAGUGCUGAUCUGUGUGCGACUCAACCAACGGGCCGCUUUCGAGCUCCAGCGCCGCAAGGUACCCGUAGCGGAUUCUUAUAUAAACGGAAUCAAUAUGCAGCUGUGGCCGCGAUUCCAAGUAAUUAUGGACACGCACUGUGAAUCCCUGAAGCGAAUAGGCUCGAACACAGGUCGGAGUGCCGUCUCUGCUCUCUCCCUAGCCGGGGGGGACGAUGCCAACCAAUCAUCUGCACCUCAUUUUCUGACGCAGCGCUUCGGACAGCUGCUACAUGGUAUUCUUGUUCUUAGCAGCGAAGCAGGCGAUGAUGAGCCUGUUGCACACAGUCUUUCCCGGCUGACAUCUGAGUUUGACACACUUUUGGCCAAGCUCAGUCGCAUUGGCGGCGAUGCAAAGCGGAGAGAGCGAUUUCUCUUCAAUAACUACUCCUUAAUCUUGACGAUCAUUAGCGACACGCAAGGCAAACUGGCUACUGAGCAGAAGCAGAACGGGUAUAAAUUCCCAGACAAUCCACAUCAUGAGAUAGAACUGCGGUUGGAUGUAAUCGGUGCAGGGGUUGUUGGUCUUGCAGUCGCCCGCCAAUUGGCCUCACGACCCAACACCUCUACGAUCCUCCUCGAGCGACAUGACGCGCCAGGGACAGAGACCAGCAGCCGGAACUCAGAGGUCAUUCACGCCGGUCUGUAUUACGGAACCUCUACCUUGAAAGCUUCACUUUGCAUCCGUGGCCGCGAACUGCUCUACGACCUUUGCCAAAAACAUAACAUCCCCUAUCGAAACACCAAGAAGUGGAUUGUCGCCCAAACCGAGGAGCAAUGGGCUGCAACACUGCAGGUUCAGGAACAUGCGAAAUCCCUCAACGUACCUACACGGCUGAUUUCCGCCGCGGAGGCGCACGAGCGGGAGCCCGAGGUCCGCGCUCUCGCAGGGAUCCUCGAGAGCGAGUCUACGGGGAUCGUGGACAGUCACGCGCUCAUGACGUAUUUACAGGGGGAUUUCGAGGACCGGGGCGGGGACUGUGCAUUCCUGACGACGGUGACAGGCAUCGAGGCGCUGGACGGUGGUGCGGCAGGGUACAAGGUCACCACUCGGUCUGGGGAUGACGGGACGGAGACGUCCAUUGUGGCGGAGACGGUGAUCAACAGCGCCGGGAACUCUGCGUGUGCGAUUAAUAAUAUGCUUCUUCCGCCCGAGCGCCACCGGCAACCCUACUAUGCCAAGGGAACGUAUUUCUCGUACGGCGCGUCGUUCCCGAAGCCGUCGGUGCUGGUAUACCCGGCCGCGGUCCCGGGCCACGGUGGUCUAGGCACGCAUCUCACCCUGGAUAUGGGUGGGCGGGUUCGCUUCGGGCCCGAUGUGGAGUGGGUGGACGAUCCCAAUGACCUGAAGCCCAGCCCCGCGCGGCUGCACGAGGCUCUGUCUGCGAUCCAGGCUUAUCUGCCUAAUGUCGACCCCGAGGCGAUUUCCCUGGACUACUGUGGGAUUCGACCCAAGCUGGGCCGUGGAGGCGCGCUGAACACGGGCAAGGGAUUCAUAGAUUUUGUGAUCCAGAAGGAAGAAGGGUUUCCAGGAUUUGUGAAUUUGCUGGGGAUUGAAAGCCCGGGGUUGACGAGUUCUUUGGCUAUUGCGGAGAAGGUUGAGGGAAUUUUGUAUAGAUAA